GGGUCCCACGCUGGAGCCAAGCUUUCAGCCCGGCAGGAGGAGAGAAUUUCGGACUGGAACUGGCGUGAGGCUCUUGCUAAAAAGGAAAGGACCCCAGCCACUAUGGCGGUGACCCCUUCGGGGGCGGUUUCCUCAAGACGCGCUGGAAGGAGGCGACCCGAGAGCGCAGCCGAGAGAGGAGAAACGGACAGGUCCUGAGGAGCCCAACCCCGCCGCACAUCUACCCGGCGCCCUGACUCCAGAGCUCGGGCCAGCCGCCAACCAGCCGCUGAGGAAAAUUGCAGCGGAUCUCUCUGGGAGGCCGCCGUUGCCUUGAGUAAGGCGUCGGGGAUUGCUUUGAGCGGCUGAGUGUCUCCGGGACUCGGAGGUGGAACCGCGGCGCGUCGGACAUGAGAGGCGGAGGCUGCUAGGAUGAGCUGGAGGAGGCGAGCGGCUAAAGCCCAGCUCCGGAGGACUUUCAGCGAGCAGCUCCGGGACUCCACGGCCAAAGCUUGGGAUUUACUUUGGAAAAGUCUGGGCGAGAGGCGGCUGGCAGAGCGUGAAGCAAAAGAGUCCUGUGCUUGGUUACGGGCUGCUGGAUUCCCUCAGUAUGCUCAACUUUAUGAAGAUUACCAGUUCCCUAUUGAUAUUGCUGCUGUGAAGAAAGAUCAUGAUUUCCUUGACAAAGACCUUGUAGAAACUCUUUGUAGACGGUUGAACACACUGAAUAAAUGUGCCUCAAUGAAACUUGAUCUGAACUUCCAAAGAAAAAAGAGUGAAGACUCAGAUGAAGAAGACCUUUGUGCCAUCAGUAAUAAAUGGACUUUCCAAAGAGCAAGCCAGCGAUGGUCUCGAGUAGAAGACUCUGAUGCCUUGAUUCAUCAGUCAGGCAAACAUGACUUUCAAGGGGACAUUAAAAUGAAAAUCACAACCAGCAAUGAAAGUGUGCUUACUGAUUUGAGUGAGCCUGAGGUGUCAUCUAUUCACAGUGAGAGCAGUGGAGGAAGUGACCAUAGGAGUCAGUCUGGAAUCACAAGCCUCCUCAGGGAAACUAAUUGUUCAGGACAAUACUGUGUCAAAAACACUUCUGUGCAGGGCCCCUCUUCAAUUGGUGGUCCUUCUUCCCAGCUUUCAGAAGUCUCUCCCAACUUCAGGAAUGAGAAAACAACACGAACCAGAGCAAAAACCUUUUUGAAGCAUAUGGAGACAUUAAAGCCCAAAGGGCAACACGGAAAAUUAAAAGUGUCUGGAUUGACUAGUCUCUCAGCCAUUGGUACACCUGUCCUGCAGCAUGAGCCCAGAACCUUAAAGGAAAUGCAAUGCCUGCAAGUAGAAAAUGGAGACUUCCAAAAUAAAACAGUUGCUCUCCAAGAUCUAGUCAGACAAGGAUCUCCAUUUUCUGCCAGUUACAGCAGUGAAAGCAGCCAACUGGAGAUUAGCAACAGCACCAUAAGCACUCCUUCCUUAAAAGACCGCAAACAUCAUGAAGCAAAUAAACGGGGUGGCAUGUACUUAGAAGACGUAGAUGUUCUUGCAGGAGCAACACUGAGACAAGUGUUAGAUCAAAACUGCAAAAAUGAAUUUCACUCCCAAGAAAACCUAAUAUUUCAUAUUCCCAAAGACCACAAACCAGGAACAUUUCCUAAGGCACUUUCUAUUGAAAGUCUGUCGCCUACAGACAGUGUCCUGAACUGGAAGAGAGACAGUGUUUCAUUAACUAACAAGACAUCUAAAGAACACAAACCCCUUGUUUCCUGUUCAAAAGAAAGUAGAGUUAGCAUUUAUGACAAUGUUCCAAGUUCUCAUUUAUGUGCCAGCACAGGAGAUCUUCUGGAUCUGGAAAGGGAAAAUCUUUUUCCUCAUUUGGAUGAUAUCUUGCAACAUGUCAAUGGACUUCAGGAAUAUAUUGAUGACUGGUCAAAAAAUAUAUUACCAGAACAAAAAAAGAAUGCUUUAUCCAUUGGUGAAUUUGAGUCAUUGUCAUGUCAGUCACCAAGUAAAAUUUCUUUAGAGUUUGAACAAAACUCAAUGUCUGAUGGCCACACAACACCAAGUGAUAUUGACCGAGACGGAGCAUCUCUCUAUGAAUCAGAAGCUCCUGGUGUCAGAGAAAGAAGAGACUCUGGUGUUGGAGCAUCCCUUACCAGACCAAACAGGCGAUUACGUUGGCACAGUUUCCAGAUCUCUCACCAACUUAGCCAUGCCCUAGGAUCACUCCAGAUCAGCAAUCAGUCAGCUGCUCAGCUAAAUCUGCUACAAAAAUUUUCCCUACUCCAUCUUACAGCAAUUAUGGAAAAAUACUCCAUGUCAAACAAGCAUGGUUGGACAUGGUCUGUACCGAAAUUCAUGAAGUGGAUGAAGGUUCCAGAUUACAAGGAUAAGAACAUAUUUGGUGUUCCUUUAAUAGUCCAUGUGCAAAGAACAGGGCAACCUCUUCCACAGAGCAUACAGCAAGCCUUGAGAUAUUUACGUAAUCAUUGCCUGGAUCAGGUGGGUCUUUUCCGUAAGUCAGGUGUGAAGUCACGAAUACAAGCACUGCGUCAGAUGAAUGAAAGCUCUCCUGAAAAUGUCAGCUAUGAAGAUCAGUCUGCAUACGAUGUAGCAGAUAUGGUGAAGCAGUUUUUCAGAGAUCUGCCUGAACCUCUUCUCACGAGCAAGCUGGGAGAAACUUUUCUCCACAUCUAUCAGUAUGUUCCAAAAGAACAACAGCUUCGGGCAGUUCAGGCUGCCAUAAUGCUGAUGUCAGAUGAAAAUCGGGAGGUUUUGCAGACCUUGCUCUGCUUCUUGAAUGAUGUCACCUCUGUGGAAGAGAAUCAAAUGACUUCCAUGAAUAUAGCAGUAUGUCUGGCCCCUUCUCUUUUUCACCUCAACAUCAUCAAGAAAGAAAGCUCGCCACGAGUAAUGCAAAAGAAGUACACAACAGGAAAGCCAGAUCAGAAAGAUCUCAGUGAAAAUCUGGCAGCUACUCAGGGACUGGCACACAUGAUCACUGAAUGUGAUAGACUUUUUGAGAUUCCACAUGAGAUGUUUUGCCAGUCUCGGAACUCUUACAUUGAGGCUGAAGUACAUUCCCCAACUUUGGAGGAUCUGGGCAAACAAAUGGAUGAAGAAAAUGGGAAUUACCAGACCUACAUAGAAAGUCUAAUACAGAAUCUUUGUAAAGAUGCUAAGGACAAAUUCAAAGGAUGGGUCACUUGUUCCAGCAUGGAAAAUACAGACCUCUGCUACAAAAAAGUUGGAGAUGGAAAUCCAUUAAGACUAUGGAAGGCAUCUGUAGAAGUUGAGGCUCCUCCAUCAGUUGUCUUGAACCGUGUGCUAAGAGAAAGGCAUCUUUGGGAUGAGGAUUUCUUGCAAUGGAAAAUAAUAGAAACCUUGGAUAAGCAGACGGAGAUCUAUCAGUAUGUUUUGAAUAGUAUGGCUCCCCAUCCGACUAGAGAUUUUUUACUUCUCAGGGCCUGGAGGACAGAUUUGCCUAAGGGGAUGUGCGUGCUAGUGGCUAUCUCUGUAGAACACGAUGAAACUCCUUUGAUGGGGGAUGUGCGAGCAGUUGUCCUGGAUUCCCAAUAUUUAAUAGAACCUUGUGGCUCUGGAAAAUCUCGACUGACACACAUCUGCAGGAUUGACCUUAAAGGUCAUUCAUUAGACUGGUACAAUAAAGGCUUUGGACAUCUGUGUUUAGCUGAAGUGGCUAAUAUCCGAAAUUCAUUUCAGCCUCUGAUUGCUGAGGGACCAGAAACAAAAAUCUGAAAGAUGGAGAACCUGCAUGUAUAACCUGCCAUGCUUACCUGACAACCACUGGAUUUACAACUUUGUUUGCAUGCCAGCUAAAGAAGAGCUGCUUGGAAAAUUCUGCCAUUAUUUGGAUUUGUUACAUACCAAAGUGGUCCACAUUUAUAGAUUGCCUUCGCUGAAGAACCUUUUUUCACUGCUACUUCUUUCUGACUUUUAAAAGUAAACUUUAUGUCCUGUAUAGUUUUGAUAUUUAAAAGCUUCUGGGAAGCUUAUUUCAAAGUGUUAAUAUGUAAUUAUUAUUAUUAUUAUUAUUAUUAUUAUUAUACAAUAUAAAUAUUGUAUAUCUUUUAUUAUGUAUAAUAUGUGUAUAUAUUUACAUCUAUCUCUUUAUAGGUAGAUACUGCUAUACAAAAUGAAGUUUGGUAUAUAAACUAAAGUGUUCUGGGGGAAAAAAAUCACCUGUUUGGAAUUUAUUUUCACUCGGUUAGACCCCAAUAUACUCUAGCUUAAAUUAACUGCAUUUACUAUCUUUAUAAGAUAGUAAUUUCUAAUUUCUUAUGUGUCUUAUGUUAAGACCUCUGCCUGUUUCAGCAUUCACGCUAUUUCUAAACAGACACGUGUAAAAGAAUUUAGGAUUCUUCCCUUAGCUUAACUUAGUACCUUCAGAAGUGUUGGAUUUCCUGUUGGAGAGAAAAAUCCAGUUUAAAUCCAACAUGACCAGAGGGCAACAAGCUGGAGAAAUCUGGUUUAUAGUAUUUAUAGGACUAUUAAAAGGUACAUAGUCACAAGAGAAUAGCAGUCAGGCAACAAGAAUAUUAACUCAAGUAAUUACAGUCUGACAAUUAUUUACAGUGGCCUGCCGAGUCAGCCAAAACAAUAGUUUCCAGUGAAGAUUGUAGCUCCUUUAUUAAUGGAACAAAAAUUUACAAGAUUAUUAUUUUGAUGAGAUGUACUGAAAUCAGUACCUAUAGUUUAGGAAUGUAAUGUCAGUUUAGACUUUCAAACUUUUCACUUUAGAAUAAUCCCCUCAAAAUCCAUAGGACAAUAUUGGAGAUCCAGCACUAAAAUCUCUAGUACAGGCAAACUUUCAACCAAGUUCAGAGGAGACUGAUCAUUUAUUCAGACAACUUUUGGAUAGUUGAAUGUCUAUGGAGAUUCUCAAUCAUCCAGGUCAUGGUUGUCCCAAAGGUGUUUUUUUCCAAAAAGCAACUGGACUACUUUUCCUUUUCCAUUGAAAACAUUUCACCUCUCAUCCAAGAAGCUUCUUUAGUUCUAUCAUAUUCUAUUUCAGUUUUGGAUAGGCUAUUACAAGCUGAUUUUGAAUGAGUAAAUUAAAAAUAGAGGGUGACAUUUCCUGGCUUAAAAUCCAAAAUCAGAACUUCCAAUGUUUACUUCUUAUCCAAGAAAAGUGAAACACCUCCUUAAUUUUCUAACUUUAUCAUAUAAAUUUCUAACUUUUGUCAAAUAAAUGAGAAUUCCUACCUUUUGCCUUCUCCUUCAAAACAAUAGCAAAGAGUUAAAAUAAGCUUGCCCAGUUUUUCUCAAAAGUAUUUGGAAAAAUGGCUAGGACUGAGUUUAUAAACCCUGAAGAGUAGUUUUUUUCCUAACAUCUCAAAUGUUACAGGCUAAAAUGUGAUGGCACUUAAAGAGAUGUUGAAAUAACCAAAUUUUACAGCUUUAUAGGGUUGGCCAAGCUCAGAAUAACUAGAGUUGAUUAGAACAUUGAUUGUCACAUAUACUUUGUGCUAUUGCUUUUUAUUUAUUUAAGCAAAAUUUAACCAUAAUUUGUGGCUUCAUUUUAAGAAUAUAACUGCCUGAAUUAGAUGAACUGGAGGGAAUGAAUUGGGCAGCUAGUCUAAUAAAAACUUUAUAAAACUGUUGGCAAACAUUGCUCCGAGCAAUAUUAUAUACAUUUCAGUAACUGUAUAAUUUAGGUAAUACUAAUAAUUCUGGAAUAUUUCAUUUAGAAUUCCAGCCUACACAAAUGAAACACUAACAGACCAUUCUGUAACAAAAACUAUAUGCUACUCUGUGUUCAAACCACAUAAUCCAAUUUUGAUUUUUGCUAAGGGCUAUCUUUGAAACAACUUCAGUUGAAAAGGAAUUAAUAUAGGUCUUUGAAAAGAGACAACCACAGUAUCAGAGGUGGGUUUCAGCAGGUUCUGAUCAGUUCUGGAGAACCAGUAGCAGAAAUUUUGAGUAAAUACCACCUCUGACUGGCCCCGCCCCCAUCUAUUCUCUGCCUCCUGAGUCCCAGCUGAUGUGGAGGAAAUGAAGAUUUUGCAGUAACCUUCCCCUGGAGUGUGGAGAGAAUGGAGAUUUUACUGUAUUUUUCCCCUGCCAUGCCCACCAAGCCACAUCCACCAAGCCAUGCCAUGCCCACAGAACCAGUAGUAAAAAAAUUUGAAACCCACCACUGCACAGUAUGUAGAGUUUUCAUAUUGCCUUAGUAGAAGGCUUCUCUCUUGAUCCUGAAUGCAAGCUUGGAAGCAAAUCCCCUUUUUAUCCGAGGGCUGAAUUUCCAAGAAUUGGCAGCACUCUUGAUCAGUACAGUACUGCAUUUUCUGAACAUAACAAAAAAGAAAAAAAAAUGGUAGCAUUUUUGGUAGCCAUGUGAAACUCCACUGGUUAAUAUAUAUUCAGGGAUGAUUGAUUGUUUUCCGAAGAGGAACAUGCUCUAAAAGUAAUAGUGAUGUUUGAAAUA